GGAAAAUGACGCGAUUGGAACGACGACAUUUGGAAAGGACGGCGCUACCCUCCGCGCAUGCUGGCCAUCACAAGGGCUUUUUACUGACUUUGUCAUGUUCAGACUCGGAAAUGCAAGAGCGAUUAAGGCGCUGCUAUCCCAGACUUUCACAUCUUAUGCUUUACGCUGUCAUUGUUUGUUAGAUUGUUUCCUUAUAUCGCUGUCUCUGCUUCCUUGAUCUCGACAGCGCAUAACACAAAGCCAUGAGUCUUGCACUUUUCUCCAUUACUAUCUACCGAGUAAUUGUUACGCGCAGUCUUUGCUUUAUCUGUGUAGUUUCG